GCCGCAUCUUUCAGGUUCUCUUUUUAUUCUCUUUCCUCAUUUAUCCCUUACAUACAAAUAUGCAUCUAUCGUAUGUUUCUUGAUGUGGGUUUAGUAGAUCUUUUGAAUCCAUAGCUUGAUUGAUUUUAUUUUAUUUUUUACAGUGGGUUUGCGAUUUUUUUUAGGGAUAUUUAGAUUUCGGAUAGAUUUGAGAGAUGGGUAGCUCAGGAUUCUCAUGGAAAUUGGAAGAUUACUCGAAGCUCGAGAAGGGUAAGAUCAUAGCCAUGAUUGUGUUGGAUGGUUGGGGCGAAGCCGAUCCAGAUCAGUAUAACUGUAUCCAUGUUGCUGAAACUCCUGUCAUGGAUUCCCUCAAAAAGGGUGCUCCUGAUAGGUGGAGAUUGGUGAGGGCACAUGGUAAGGCUGUGGGGCUUCCAACUGAGGAUGACAUGGGAAACAGUGAAGUGGGUCACAAUGCACUUGGUGCCGGACGGAUUUAUGCACAAGGGGCAAAACUUGUUGACCUUGCUCUUGCCUCUGGGAAGAUUUAUGAUGGAGAAGGUUUUAGUUAUAUCAAGGAAUCUUUCGAAACCGGCACAUUGCACCUCAUUGGAUUAUUGAGUGACGGUGGUGUUCACUCCCGACUUGACCAGUUGCAGUUGUUGAUAAAAGGAGCCAGUGACCGUGGUGCCAAAAGAAUUAGAGUUCAUAUUCUUACUGAUGGACGCGAUGUUUUGGAUGGUUCAAGUGUUGGCUUUGUGGAAACCCUCGAGAAUGAUCUCUCAAAGUUGCGCGAGACAGGUAUUGAUGCCCAGAUUGCAUCUGGUGGAGGUCGAAUGUAUGUCACCAUGGAUCGUUAUGAGAAUGACUGGAGUGUUGUAAAACGUGGGUGGGAUGCCCAAGUUCUGGGCGAAGCCCCUUAUAAGUUUCGGAGUGCUCUUGAAGCUGUCAAGAAGCUGAGGGAGGCUCCGAAAGCCAAUGAUCAAUACUUACCUCCUUUCGUUAUCGUUGAUGAAGAUGGGAAGGCUGUUGGUCCAAUAGUGGAUGGCGAUGCUGUCGUAACUUUCAACUUCCGUGCAGAUCGUAUGACUAUGCUUGCUAAGGCACUUGAAUACGAAAACUUUGAUAAAUUUGAUAGAGUGCGAUUCCCUAAGAUCCGAUAUGCGGGAAUGCUUCAGUACGAUGGGGAGUUGAAGCUUCCAAACCGUUAUCUCGUUUCUCCUCCAGAGAUAGAGAGGACAUCUGGUGAAUAUUUGACCCAUAAUGGCGUGCGUACUUUUGCUUGCAGUGAGACUGUCAAAUUUGGUCACGUCACUUUCUUCUGGAAUGGAAACCGCUCUGGGUACUUUAAUGCGGAUAUGGAAGAAUACGUGGAAAUUCCUAGUGAUUCUGGAAUAACAUUUAAUGAGCAACCAAAGAUGAAGGCUGUGGAGAUUGCUGAGAAGGCUAGGGAUGCUAUUCUGAGCCGCAAAUUUCACCAGGUACGUGUUAACCUACCAAAUGGUGACAUGGUGGGACAUACAGGUGACAUUGAAGCCACAAUUGUGGCUUGCAAGGCUGCUGAUGAGGCCGUGAAGAUGAUACUUGAUGCAAUAGAGCAAGUGGGUGGAAUAUAUGUGGUUACUGCUGAUCACGGAAAUGCUGAGGACAUGGUGAAGAGGAACAAGAAGGGGGAGCCUCUUCUAGACAAGGCUGGAAAGAUUCAAAUACUGACUUCUCACACUCUUCAACCAGUGCCCAUCGCAAUUGGAGGUCCUGGAUUAGCACCUGGUGUGAGAUUCCGCAAGGAUGUCCCUGAAGGUGGGCUUGCCAAUGUCGCUGCGACGGUGAUGAAUCUCCAUGGCUUUGUUGCUCCUAGCGAUUACGAGACAACCCUCAUCGAGGUUGUUGAUGAAUAAAUCAACUAUGAAAUACGUAGAAACUUCCUGGAAAAUUUUGACUGAAGCAAGCUAGCUGACUUCAAUUCAACUGCAGUGAGUUAUAUUGUAUGUGAGGAAUUAGACAGCUUAAAGUUUUUCUUAAAUAAUGAUCUAAAGAACAGAAAGAUCUCAUUAUCAAUGCUACCACGAAAGCGGAUAGCCUUAUAGAUUAUGCAUUUGAAUUCAUGGUAUCCAUCCCAGAUUGUUCAAACUUAUGUAUCUGCCAAGGGGAUAUAUUGAUUUUGUUGGUGAAGAUAUUCAUUUAA